UCACGUAAAUGAGCUUCCGCAGCAAGCUGCGUGUUCAUUUUGUGAAAAGCGGAAUGUUGACUGAAGCGCGUACGGAAAGUUUUUGAUUGCAAGUUCCAAAAAAAAGAUUUUGAAAAUAUUGCCUGACUUUGAAACCUGCGCUGUUUUAAGUAUGUCGAUGCUGUUUCUUGUUUCCAUUUGUAUAAGCGUGCUGUCGGAAGGCGUAGUGCGUGCAAGUAAAUCAGAGGAAGACUUAAAGUUUUAUAACCUUGUGAAGGAAGGACAAUUCACCAUGAAAUGCGAGGAAAUGUACGGUGAACCAGUAAGAAUCAAUGAGACAGAAAACCCUGAAAUCUUCUACUCUUAUAACUGCGACGAAGACUGUGAAGAGUGCCUGCAACCCCUUAGGUUCGAAAGUACGAAACACAGAACAUACAAUGAAUGUAAAGCUGAGUGUGACAAGAAUGGCCUCGGAGACGCAUGCAAACAGGGAUGUUAUUUCCUUCACCGCUUUGUAAACUCAGGUAAUGGACCGAGCGGAAUCUGGUACGACACAAGAAACGUCACUGCCAAAGGACCCUACCUUUUCUGUCGCACAUAUACAGAGUUGGUGGUGAACUUUGAUUUUCAUCUCUUCUCGGAUAAUACCGCUAAAGUUGAGCCCACCACCUUCAUCAGCUUUUACAGGCUUGACGAAAAAGACUCAUGGACGAUGCUUUCAUCUGUAUCCUCAGAGUUGCCAUUCUAUUUCCCAAACCUGUUUAAAGGAUUUACUAUACAGAUCUCUAUUGCCAUAGUGACAGCCAAGGGGCUACAGGUUAAACUGCCCUUUAAAGAGUUCCGCCAUGUUGGAGAAUGGAUGGUAACGUUAAGCGAUGAAGUUCAUUUGGAUCCUCCCAAGGGCCUCCAGGCCCAUGUGAGGAAAGCUGGUGACAGAUUUGAAGGACAUCUUACCUGGUAUUUGGCACCGCGUAGCAAAAUCUGUGACUACAGAAUCGAGUGGAGAGCAACUUACUCGGAUCAUUGGAAAAGUGAAGCAUUUGAAGUCAGUCAUAGCAAGCACGUCGCAAGCACACGGAUGUACUAUAUUGUAGAAGGUUUGCUGCCGAUGGAAAAUUACACUAUAGAGGUUAUCUCCGUAGCCUCUGAUGAAAAACAAAAUAAAAGUACUAUAUGUAUUGUCACGCCUUCCCUGGUGCUUGGACCGCCAGAAAACCUGACACUGGUCCAUCUCACCCACCUGUCACUCAAUACGUCCACGGCUACAGUCACGUGGUGGCCGCCACAUAAUAUACCGAUUGUAGACCAUGUACAGGAAUACAGAUUAGAAUGGAAUAAGAUUCCUGUUUUGAACGGAGUUUUUACAGAACCACAUUUUGAUUCCACGUGGUUACCAGCGGAAAAUACAAGUUUUCGGGUGUUUGGCCUUCAUAACGGAUUCGCCUACAUGUUCAAGGUUGCUGCAGUGUCAUCAGUGACGGGAGUGGGAACAGAGGCCGUAAUUUUAUUUAACACGACAGAAACAACAACAAAAGUUUCAAGCCAUGAAGAUCAACAUGUUCCCGUUUUAGAGAGCAAAGCGUUGCCGUGGAUGUUCAUAACAGGAAUCCUUGUGGCGAUUGUUUGCGCAAGUUUUGUUAGACUUACUUACGCUUUUGUGAAAAAGAAGUACGGAAGUUUAUCGUCAGCUGUGGAACAAUUUCGUGCGCGGUGCCGUCGCGAAAGAGACACAAUAAUCAAUCUUAUCUAAUUAAAAUAAAGCACAAUGAGUGUAGGAUAAAUAAAGACAAUGUGAAAGGCUCUGCCUGUUUUACUCUCGCUACUCAUUCAGUUGUGUUGCAAAAAAAGUUUCUCGUGAAAUGCAUAGAGAUCGAAGUUAUUGAAUGAGUUGAAUAUGUCCAAACUGUUUCGCGCUGCACGCUUUUCACGUCAAAGUAAUCUCGGGAACACAGUAUCACCCUAACUAAUGACCAACAAAAUUAAAAGACGUGCACUUCAA